CCUCCUCCCAUCAACACAAACGAGCAUCAAUUCAGUGAGAUAGUUCAGAAAAUCAGCUCUGUUCUUUUAGCAUACACAAGGAUCGCAAGUCAGUAUCCACUCUCCAGCAGCGCAGCAAGAACAAGGAGGAGGAGGAGAGAUGGCUGGUCCGGCGAAGGCGUCAUGGAUGGUGGCGAUGAGCGUCGGCGCGGUGGAGGCGCUCAAGGACCAGGCCGGGCUCUGCCGCUGGAACUACGCCCUCAGGUCCAUCCACCGUGCAGCCAAGGCCAACGUCCGCGGCGGCGUCUCGCAGGGCACGAAGCAGCUUCCGGCAGCUGUGGCGGAGAGGCGGCGAGCGGAGAAGGCCGAGGAGGGGCUGAGGACGGUCAUGUACCUCAGCUGCUGGGGCCCAAAUUAGAAGUACCAGUAGCUCAGGCCUCAGGGGUGUAGUGUUCGUUACAGCAAGUAUUAGUAAGCAUGCAACCAUGGCCUGAGAUUUGGCUGGCUGCUCCCUGAUCGGUUGUAAAUAUACCACCACGAUGAUGAUGAUGAAAAUUUCGGCUAUGAGCUUAUAGCCAUGGCCUUC